AUGGCGCAGACUUUGAGUCUUGAAGGAGGGGCUACAGUACCCGCUUUAGCCUUUGGCACUUCGGGAAUUGCUCCGGAGCUCACCGAAGCCAGCGUCUCCAGAGCUUGCAUUACUUUUCAAAAUGCAGGAUAUAAACACGUCGACUGCGCUCCUGUUUACGGGAAAGAACCGGAAGUUGGCAAGGCGAUCGCGAAAGCAUUGUCUCAAGGGCUUUUAACACGUGAUGAGCUCUUCGUGACAUCAAAGCUUCCCUGUACUGAACAAGAACCUGAGGAUGUUCUUCCUUGCUCGCAGAAAAGUCUCAAGGACUUGCAGUUGGAGUAUGUGGAUCUCUCCCUCAUUCACUGGCCAUUGAAGUUCAAGAAAGGGACACCAAUGUUACCAAGCGCAGAACACUUCCUUCCCUCAGACAUUAAAAGCACUUGGCAGGCGAUGGAAAAGACAGUCCAAGCAGGCUUAGCGAGGGCCAUUGGUGUCUCCAACUUCUCUACCAAGAAGCUGCAAAGCGUGAUUGAUUAUGCCGUUGUCAAGCCAGCUUGUGAUCAGGUAGAGAUGCAUCCAGGUUGGCAGCAGCAGAUACUCCGCGCAUUUUGCAAACCACGCGGGAUACUCGUGAGUGGGUUUUCAGCGCUCGGUGCUCCUGGCACAUUCUACGGCCGCAACGACAUUUUUUCUCUUCCAGUCGUCACAGAAUUGGCUGCGAAACACAAGAAAACUCCUCAUUCCUUUUUUCGGCGAUUCUACAGCAUGUACAUAGUCCAACAAAACGCUGAAUGCCUUCUUGCUGGGCGUAUGCAGAUCGUCAUAAGAUGGGGGUUGCAGCAAGGGGUGUGCAUGACAGUGAGAAGCAGCAACCCGGACCGAAUAGUGGAGAAUUACGCAGUAUGGGACUCGGAUCUGCCAGAGGAAGAUUUGGAACGAUUCUCUGAAGUAGCCCAGAAGAGGAUGCCAGUGCCCCUCUGGUGCAAUGACACCACCAGCCCUUACAGGUCCGCUGAAGACCUUUGGGACGGUGAAUGUUGAUCGAACCAUGAGCUUGAAGAUAAGAUCUCCAUGUUCAUACCCGUAGUGCUACUGUGCCCAUUUUGCCCAAUUUUCGCAGAUUGCGUAGCGUUCUUUUGAUCAGUGAACCAGAUUUCCAGAGUCCUUGGCUGAUUCUAACCAUCACAACUGAUGCUUUUUCUGGGCUCCUCUGUUUUGCCAUCCUUCUUGUGGAACUUUUGGAAUGAAAUCUGUGCGAGGUUUUCUGUGAUUUUCUUUUUGUAUUUGUUUGCCAGCUUUUUGGGUGAUUUUCACAGGUGGUUUUUCUUAUGCUUCCAAUGCCUCUUGUCAUAUAAGAUCUACAACAGAAGUGGCAAAUGGAUAAACUAUGAUUUGAGUAUAAUGUUUUGUCGGAGUCACUCCGUCAAAGAACUGUUAAGUAUUCUAAAUGGGCUCGCUCUACAUUUUCUCACAUGAUCUUCAUUUUUUAUCCAUGUAUUUCAUGUAUUGGUUCCUUUUGAGAUUGGUAUUUCUUUUAACAUUGUUGGAUAUUUCGCAAAAUAUGUGCAAAAAGUCGUGUGAAGGAGUUGGUUCGCAUUUUAUAGAAUUGGUUUCUAUUUUUGAUUUACAUCUUCUAUUUGAUAAUUUUAAGCUUGUGAAAUCUUGCCACAUGAACGAGGAGAAUUGUCAAGCAUCGUUGGGCUCGUGGAGGUUUUGCAAGGAGUUCAAGCCAUUCCGUUGGCGUUGGUCGAGGUGGGUGAGAAUGUUGCCCUGAAUAUUAUCACCCCGGCGACUACCCCCAGUCUCAAAAUGGAUCACCAGGUUCGUAUCCUCGAAAUCGUCCGCCACGGGAUCGGUCACCACGAUCGAUUGUGGACCAGUUUCGUCUGGCAAGGGGAUGCUCGAUACAAGCUGCAGCAUUUGUUGUACGUCGCCAUCGGGUCGUGGAGGUUGAUCUUCCAUGAAUGGCAGUGCGUCGCGCUCAAGUGGGUUCUCGCCUCUUCUGACUCCUCUUCCUCCCCACAUUUCGUCUAAUCGUUGCGCUCGCUGCACACGGUGCAUUCUUCUGGCUGGUGGUCUUGGUGGAAUCAGUCUCUCACCUUGCUCCCCCGCUGACGCUCCCUCCGCCCACAAUGCAUCUGCUGAGUUGGCAGGCCCGUAAAUUGGCGUCACGUCUCCAUCUUCGAUUGUGCCUUUGCAAACCGGGCAGCUUUGCCGCGAAGAAUGCACGUGCAGCCACAUGUAGAGACAUGGCCAACAGAACAGAUGGCCGCAGCACGUUACCACAGCCUCGCUGGCCUCACGGAAGCAAAUGUUGCACUCGAAGAUUUCACGAAACGCAGAAUCCUUAACAGUUGUGGCACUAAAACCCUCUUUCGCUGCCAUCGCACUCACUAUUUAGGCAGCAUCGAAUCGGAAUCAGCGUCAAAACGCACAAGAAAAUCACUUUUGACCACCUUGUCUUUCAAAAGCCUUAAUUACCGAGUGCAUCCGCAUCAUUCACAUUCGAUCACCAGUUUGAAUGGUGCAUCCAAAUGGUCCAGAAGCAUCGAACGCAUCUUGCAGAAUCACCCAAUUUGAAGGUACAAUUGACGAGCAGGGGUGCUCCACCGUUCGUAUGAUCGGAUGCAU